AUGGCCUCACAAGAGGCUGGCAUCCUCAGUCCGGGGUCGUCCACGCCCCUCUCCACCUCCCCGGACAACGACAAGUCCCCCGACCUCGAGCGUCUAGGCCGCCAACGACCCGCCCUCCUCCCAACCUGGCUCACCGAGGCCGCCUUUGUCUUCACCAUUGUCGCCUCCAUGAUGAUGAGCGAGUACUUCAUCUCCGGCUUCAACAUCAUCCUCCCCGCCGUCGCGACGGCCCUCGAUAUUCCAGACUCGGCCCGCACCUGGCCCGCUGCCGUCAUCAACCUCACCACCGCCUGCCUCCUCCUCCCCUUUGCGCGGCUGGCCGAUCGUCACGGUGGGCGCAUUGUCUUUCUCGCCGGCCAUCUGUGGCUCGUUAUCUGGUCUCUUGUCAGCGGCUUCGCUCAGAAUCCCGUCAUGCUCAUCGUCUGUCGUGCCAUGCAGGGUCUCGGACCGAGCGCCUUUAUGCCUGCGGGCCUGGCCCUCCUCGCGCGCACCUACCGCCCUGGACCGCGUAAGAAUAUUGUCUUUAGUCUCUACGGCGCGUUCGCCUGCAUCGGCUUCUACGUCGGCAUCCUGCUUGGGGCUGUCAGCGUCGAGUUCCUCACGUGGCGGUGGUAUUUUUGGAUCGGCACCAUCAUGUCCUUUGUCGUCCUCGUGAGCGGCUACUUUUCCAUCCCCAAGGAUCUGGGCGACGACGACGAGACGGUCACCAUGGACUGGCUGGGUCUGGCGACGAUUGUACCGGGCCUGGUGCUUGUCGUGUUUGCGUUUGCGGACGGCGGCCACGCGCCGCAAGGGUGGAAGACGCCCUACGUGUACGUCACGCUCAUCCUGGGCGUGCUGUUCCUCGCGGCGGCCGUCUACGUGCAGGGCUGGGUGUCCAAGAACCCGCUGCUGCCGGCGGAGCUGUUCAGACCAAAGUACAUGAAGAGGCUGUCGCUCGCGCUGUUCUGUGCCUACGGCGUCUUUGGCCUGUUCUUGUUUUAUGCGAGUUUCUACAUCGAGACGGCUCUCCGCGUGGGGCCUCUGUUGGCGGCAGCGUGGUUCACGCCGUUGGCGGUGGGUGGCAUGGUGCUCGCCAUCACGGGCGGGUUUAUCAUGCACAUCCUCCCCAAUCGUGUGCUGAUGCUCAUCUCGAUGACAGGCUUCUUGCUUUCUGUGCUGCUCUUCGCCGUCAUCCCGUCGCGCGAAGACGCCCCGGGGGGUCUCACGUUCCUGUACUGGGCGUACAUCUUCCCCGCCAUGCUGUGCGGCACGAUUGGCGUCGAUAUCACCUUCAACAUCACCAACGUCUUCAUCACGACGGCCAUGCCCGCCAAGCUGCAGAGCACGGCCGGCGGCAUGAUCAACUCGCUGCUCUACCUGGGCAUGGCCUUUUGGCUUGGCGUCGGCGAGCUGGCCGUGUCGUCGACGGUCAUGACACAGGGCGAGGCCAAUGUCGGGCUCGACAAGCAGUACAGGAUCGGCUUCUACACGGCCACGGGGCUCGCUGGCGUCGCGCUGCUGCUGGUGGCUACCAUCAAGAUGGGCAAGGCCGAGGCGGGCAUGACGGCGGACGAAAAGGCCGACAUGGAGAGGGAGCUGGAGGCUGUGAGGGCGCGCGAGGGGGGAGACGAGCGUGUCUGA